AUGAAGAUAAAGUUAAAGUGGAUAAAGAGGGAAAUGAAGUCACUAGAACCUCUGACAAAGGAUUAUGAUCAACUUGUGGAGAAAGGAGACAAAGUAGAAUCUCUCGCACGUCGUUUCUGGGAUUCCGAAGAUCUAUCUGGAAUUCAUUUGCAGCUAAGUGAAACUGAGCAUGAAUGGUUAAAAUCAACAAGAAAAUUAAUUGAAGCAAAAGAAUGUGUUACCAACUACUAUAAACAUAGCCGAGGAUUGGUUCGUGGCUGUACUACGGCUAUCAUGAGAUUGUUACCCAUCAUAGAUGUUAUCUUUCAAAUCAAUAGCGUCAAAAGUAAGAUGAUAGAUCAUAUUCAAAACAAAGAUGAAAAUGCCAAGGACAUUCAUAAAUCCAUGGGUAGGUCAAGAUCACAGAUUAGAAGUCUGUUGGAUCAAUAUACAAUAGAGGAGGCCCACAAAUCUGUAGCAUCCCAAAACCAAAAACAGAAAAAGCCUUCCACAAGUAUUGAUGAAUUGAUGAAGAUGGGAAAGGAACUAUUUUUUGGCACGGAAGAAAGAUGGUCCAUAUAUCUGCUGCUUUCAAUAAGUACUUUCAUCAAUGACUUGAGUCAGCUUCAGCUAGAAACUCAAACAGAAAAGCUGUGGAAAACAGAAGUAGAAGAAUUAAUUUCAGAGACAGAGCGCUGCAUUAGCAACUUCUCAUGGUGGGUUUCAUAA